UUUGAAUGUGAGGCAAAGAUGGAGGAAGGCGUCCAGGCCCCAGACUGGGACAGUGAUGAAACCGUGAUAGAGGGUUCAGUGACGGAGAGCGACCUGGAAGAAAAGGAGCUGCCCUGGAGAAGGUUGCUGUUUGAUCAAGACACAUCUCUUAAAUCUGAGUUCAGUCUGCAUCCUGAUACAAGAGGAAUGUGCAAAGGCAUGCCUUCUCCUGAGAUUCAACUUGGAUUUAAGCUCAGAGAGGAUCUGCAAGAGCAAAUGAAUAAAAAUAAGAUGAUGCCUAUUCUUAGCGAGGAUACAAUAUUACAGUCUCAAGAUGAAACAGAACGAAAUCAAGCUCUGUUACAGACUAGAAAAAAUUGUUCAAUGUUCAUUGGGUCGUUUCGCCAGUCUGGACUUUCAUUGAACCACCAAAAUAUUGGAGGGCCUGAGGCUGAAAGUCCUGAAGUUUUGCCACACAUAGAAAAGGAACUAAGUGAAGGCAGAGAUUCUCCUGAAGUUAGCCUUCUCUCAGGCACUGCUAUUACAGUAUCUGAUACAGUUGCUGUAAAGGAGACAUCAUUAAUAGAGCCAGAGAAGAUCUUAGCAGCACCAAAUACAUUUUUUGAGCCUAGAAAGGAAGUCACAUUGACCAUGAAUUCUGAAGAAACUAAGGAUGAAGAAAGCUCUCUUGAAACCUUUGUGUCUGCGUUAGAAAGGUUACUUACAUCACCAGAAAGCACCCAGGAGGAAAAAUUGUUUGAAUUAGCAAGUGAUUUUGAUCGUAAAGAAUUGAUGAACCCAUUGAGUGACUCUCUUAGUUGCAUAUCAAUACCUUUGAAUGCCUGGUCAGCAUGUCAUAGAGAUUUACUAGAAAAUGCAAAGGAUGAUGCAUUGCCAGCUGAGUUAUUGGAAGCCCUGAACACAUUGUCGGAAGCCAAGGUGGAAACUAUCUGUCACAGAAAAGAGGGAGGUAGCAGUCUCAUUGCUAGAAAUGAAUGUUUAGAAGCAGAGUUCAAUACGUCUCAGACCAAUGAAGAUUGUACACAAAUAGCAGAGACUCCGCAAGACCCAAAUCCAUCUGGAUUGCAAACUUUGGCUCAUCAAAAUAUCACUUCUUGUGAACCACUAAGUAAUAAGAGAAAUUCAAAUUCAGUGACAAAUAGCUCUGAUCAGGAAACUGCCUGUGUGUUGAGGAGAUCAUCCAGACUAGAAAAACUGAAAGUAAGCAGAGAUGCAAAGUACUCAGAUCACAUGUAUAAGAUGCCAGAAAAGAUUUUACCAAAAAUCCUUGGCUGUGAGGACCUAACAAAUAAUAACUCUUCAGCUCAGAAUUUCAGAAUGCAGGAUCCGGCUUUAAUGAUUGAUGGUAAAGAGAAGAAUAUGCAUUCAGCCAGGUUCAAGAAUGGAAAACAGAUCAGGAAAAAUGAAAAAUUUUCAGGAAAAAAAGAAAAAAUGAAAGUGAACAAAAUAUCUCUUGGUAGCAUUAACCGGAGAAACAUUUUUGGAGAGAACUUAGUAUAUAAGGCUGCUCUGCACGAUGAUGCUGAUCUUGUUCAUCACUGUAUAAGAAAAGGUGGAAAUGUUAAUCAGCCAAGUUAUGCUGGUUGGACAGCACUUCAUGAAGCUAGUGUAGGAGGAUUUUAUCAGACAGCAAGUGAACUAUUAAAAGGUGGAGCAGAUGUAAAUAUCAAAGGAAUGUACCAGAUUACUCCCCUACAUGAUGCAGUGAUGAAUGGACAUUAUAAGGUGGCAGAGUUACUUCUUCUGAAUGGAGCUGAUCCAUUAUUUAGAAAUGAUGAUGGAAAAUGUGCUUUGGAUGAGGCCAAGGAUUUAUGUAUGAAGCGUCUCCUUGAGAGAUAUAUCCCUAAACAUCAAAAAUGCCUUACAUCAGCUCAAAGGAGUAGCAUUGACCCACUAGACACAGACGAUGUGUACCAACACAAGAAACCAAAGUUCAGUUCUAAAAGUCACAUUUGGCAUGUUUACAAUGAAAAUUCCAACAGACAGAAGCUGGAACAUGUAAAAGUCAAUAAAGGAAGCAAAGAGAGUUUAUUUAUAAAUAAAGAAGAGGUAUAUGAAUAUUACCAAAAAGAUCCCGAAAACACAAAAUUUGGUAAAUCCAAGCAUAAACAAUCAACUCUUAACCAGAUAUACUCUACAGGACUCAGAAAGGGCAAUCUCCAUAACGUCAAAGAUCCCAACACAAACGUGCCAAAAGGUGUAGGAAGAAGAAAAACACAACAUAAAAGGACACAAGUAGAUGAUGUAGACUGUAACCCAAGAAAGACACUAGCUGUCUCUCCUUCCAGGAGAAUAAACGGAUUGGUUACCUAUCAGCAGCAUAUUCCAGAAACCCUUAAUGACCUUCCAGAAGAAUCGUGUGAACCUUCUAGCUUAACUCUGUCAAGCCUGAAAAAUGGAUUAGAUAACAGUACUGAGGCUUGUUCAGUUUCCAAAGAGAUACACAUCCAGAACCUGGAUUUGUCAGAUAGUCAAGAAGUUCAAUGCUUGGAAUUAGAAUCUGUUGACCAAACUGAAGCUAUUUCUUUCCCAGGACUUUCAUUACAUAAAGAAAUCAAGUUAGCAGUUGUUACUACAGAUAAGCAGCCUCACACUCUCCAGGAACAACACCAUGUACUUUAUAAAUCUCAUGAAAACAGUAACUUGGUCCCAAAAGAUGAGAGAUUUAACAAAUGGGAAAAUUCUUUCCUAUCCUUUGUAAAGGAAAAUUCUGAUAAUGAUGAUGGUGAUGAUGAUUGCUCUACCUCUGAGAAGGCUAUAACAUCUAAAAAGGUGUUGUGUUCUACAGGUGGCAAAAAACACUAUAAUUUUAAGGAGAAUUUAACAAAUGAAAAAGAAAUGGGUUUUCAACAGUUUUUACUUUCUGAAGAUCAUCUUUCACAGGAAAAUGAGUUAAAAGCAGUCAGCCUAACUGCGCUUCCAGAACAGGAAGCUGUUAAUUUUUCUCAUUCAGAUAAUGCAGUUACUUCUGAACAUGUUGCAAAUUAUGAACAAUGCAUAUUUGGACCUUCUUUUGAUCACUCACAUGGCAGUCCUGAGCAAAAUUCCCUGGCUUGUAUGAGAACACUUUCGACACAUGAGGUUUCAAAGUUGACUAAUCAUGUGGAGCUAUUCAAAAAGCCACAGGAUUAUAUUCCCAGAGCACCAACUUUUUUAAUGAAUCAAACAGAUACACAUAUUGUGGAAAAGGUGGCAAAGAAUUGUGACACUGAAAGGAAUUACAUUGACAGAGACCAAAAAAUAAUUUAUUCAAAUGAGCCUUUAUCCAUAGUUGUUCAUUCUCAAGUAAUAGAAACAACUAAAGUUGAAAAAAGGAGACAAAACCAUCUAGAAAGUGAGGCUAUACAUGAUACAGAUUCUCGUUCCACUGACAAUAUGAGUAAAGAACUGGCCGACAUCUCACAACUUAGUCAAAGAGAAAAGAAGGAAAUUUCUCACAAACCAGAUGAGGAAUUAACUAAUAACAUCAGUGGAGAUGAAAUAACUAUAAGAAAUUGUGAGGAGAUAAAAGAAAAAACGGAAUCAGAAAUUCACAUGCCUACUAAUAGCCAAGAACACAAAACAGGUCAGAAUUUCAGAAAAAGACAAAGUUUCUUAAAAACUACCUGCAACCUAGGAAUGAAAACAGGUGGGAUCAACAAGAGGAAUGCCAGAGGGGAAAGCCAGCUUCAUUUAGCUGCCAGAAGAGGAAAUCUGUCCCUAGUGAAAGCCCUGAUAGAAUCUGGAGCAGAUGUGAAUCUAAACGAUAAUGCAGGUUGGACACCACUUCAUGAGGCAUCUAAUGAAGGAUCUAUUGAUAUAAUUGUAGAGUUAUUAAAAGCUGGUGCUAAGGUUAAUUGUGAAAAUAUAGAUGGAAUUCUGCCCUUACAUGAUGCUGUUGCAAACAAUCAUUUAAAGGCAGCUGAGAUUCUACUACAAAAUGGAGCAAACCCUAAUCAAAAAGAUCAAAAACAGAAGAGUGCUUUGGAUGAAGCAGAUGAUGAAAAAAUGAAAGAAUUACUAAGAUCUUAUGGUGCUAUUGAGACUGUUAAUAGAGAUGAGAGUGAUGCUAUAGUCAAUGAAAAAAUUCCUGCUGUCCGGUCUAAAAGACAUAAACAGUGUUUUUGUGAUGAUGGCAAAACUAUUGACUCAUCUUCCCUUUCACACCAAGAAAGAUCAAGCAAAAGCCUUUCUGUGCAUCAGACCCUCAGUGCCAUUCUACAAGAUAUAGAAGAAAAACAAGAAUAUUUAUUAGAGUUUGAAAUAAGAAACCCUGAAGAUGCAGAACAAUACAUUGAAAAGAUGUUAAAGAUAAAAAAGAUUAUGGAUAAUGUGCUUGCCAAGCAGAAAGCAGAAAGGGAUGAUCUGGCUAAAAAAUACAGGGUAUCCAUAGAGUCAUUUAAGCAUGGAGCCCUGAGAGAACAAUUGGCCAACUUAGCUGCAAGACAGAAGAGCCUUUUAGUUGUGGCAAAAAAACAGAAAAAAAUAAGCCUGAAAAUUCAAAACUGUAAGAAUGUUACAUCAUUGCCUUGUCUUAGUUUAAGGAAGCUCCCACCCAGAUCAGAAAUCUCUAAUGAAAAGGACAGCCAAGAGGUCACUAGUCUGGAAAAUUUAGAGCAUCCCCAAUCAGGUUCACUUUCUCCUGUUUCUGGAAGCAUGCAGGAAACACAAUUGUCUCUGGAAACUUGGAACUACAGCCAAAAUACCAACAUUUGUCUAAAUUCAGAGGCAGUGAGAAGGGGAGAAUUUUCUGGAAAUGACAUGAGUUCUAAACAAAAUGUCAGUGAUUGUACCUUGGAUGGUUUUCCAAAAUCCAGACAUUCAUAUGGCACAGAGAAGAAUAAAUUACCAUCCCAACCUGUUGCUUUUAUUGGUCAAACAGAAUAUUCACAGAAAGAGAAUGAUCUUACAGAAGCUACAGACAAAGACCAUGAAUUCUAUAUUCCUUCCCCAGUAAUCGGCAAAUUAAAUAUUUCAGAAACUGCAAGUGUCCUUGCCGAAAAUGCUGCCCAUCCAUCAAAUACUAUUUGUGAUCAGGACCUUUCCAAUUAUGAUCCCAAAAGAGGAAACAGAAAAACAAGUUCCCAGCAAUCACCUACAGGGGCAUCAGAAUCCCUGGCACAUCAAGGGAUUGCUGUCUUAGGCAGUGAAACAGUGCAUCAGAUGAAACAAUAUCUUAAAAAAUCAGUUUCUGUUGUUCCAUGUGCAGAUGACAGUCAGAUCUCCUCUUCCUCUGGAUCUGGGCAACAAGAUACUGUAAAAAAGCCUUUAAGCUACAGUACGGCUCCUAAAAAGAAAUGUAUUCAGAUAAAAGAUUUGAUAUUACUAGGAAGAAUUAACCCAGGAAAUAACAUUCUGGAAUUCAAAACACAGGAGACUACCCACAAAGCCAGUAUUUUAUUGAAUGGCAAACUUAAGGUAGAAAGUGGUCAGAUUUAUAAAAACCCAGUCACCUGGCUGAAGGAUCUUCUGGGAGGCAACAGUUAUGUGACCUGGAAUUAUGCUUGGAGUAAGGUAACAUAUCUUGGGAAGGAGCUUUUGAAGUAUGUUUCUGAGGAUGCACCCAUACUUCCAGAACCAAACUCAGUACCUCAGCAAUAUCAACCUUGUCUUCCAGAAGUUGCUUGUUUAGAUGACCCAGUACAGGAACCAAACAAAUCAAUGUUUGAGAAAACAAAAUUUGGACAAGGAACUUCCAGAGAGUCAAUGCAAAGCAUCCCACGUUAUCUACAAAUAAAUGAAAUACUAUUAAUCAGUGAUCAAGAAUUUCUCCCAUGCCACAUAAUGGAUCAGCAUUGGAAGUUUUGUGUGGAAUGUGAGGAACUAACACUCUAAAACCUUGGUUUCUUAGUAUUUUAUUAGGUAUUUGUUCAAAUUAUCAACAAACAUUUAUAUUUCAUCUUGUAUAAUCUGGUGGGACUAUUUUAACAUACACUAUAUGAGUUGCUAUUUAAGAUGUAUGUUUACUGUUCUUAAGAUGUAUGUAACUGUUCAACAAUUAUAUAAGAUCAAUGCUUUUUUGCCAUUGAAAUAAAGGCACGUUUGAACUAGACCAUAU